AUGUUCAACGACGUUUAUGUCCUUGUACCUGGGGGCUCUUUCGCAAUAACGUCCAUUACUGUCACCCCCCACCCCCCCCCCCCUCCCCUCUGCUGGAAACUGAAGAAGGAGCGUUACUAUCGCCAAGUUGACCCGUUUCUUAUGAACGCGCCGAAGACCAAAGCGAAAGCUCCUACCCGAAACGCAUUGGAAGAUGCUGAAGAGCACAGAUUUGCAUCUCGUAUACAUGAAUACGUUGAAGGGGAAAUGCGCUGGAAAAUUCCUUUGCACGGAUCGCACAAUACCCAUUUUCGCCCGCCCGUCUCCGAGUGUGGUCGGCCCGUUCUCAAGGUGUCGGCGCCGGUGCAAGCGAUAAGCUGUCAGCGUUUAUCACAGCGGCCUCGCUUCUCUGAGGCC